AUGGUUACUUCCCCUGUCGCUCCCUCCUCCCCUGCAGUGGCGGUGCUGGAAGAGUGUCAGCAGCAGUGGGCGAUAAGUCUGACUGGGUGGGACACAGGGGGCGAGUGCGGUGCAGUGUAUGGCGUUGAGUGCGACGCCUAUGGCAAUAUGAUGAUGAUGUGUGUGAGAAGGGGGGGAGGUGGGGAGGGUGGGGAAGCAUGGACUCCCUGUGUGCACCUCCCUGUGUGCACCUCCCUCUUGCUCGUCCCAUUCGUCUCCACUCUUCCUUGCCCAACUUCUCUUCCACCCACCUACCCCCUUCCCCACUCUUCCCGCCCUCCGCUCCCCCCACGGCCAACGCCACAGGCGAGCGACAUCCUAUCAGCGGGAAAAUCCUCGAGUCUCGGGGACUCGCGCAUGGCAGCACCGGAGGACAUUGUCACACGCCUUGCCAAGCUCGCCAUCAGCUGCACCGCCAUGCCCACUGCCUCGCGCCCCUCCAUGUUGCGAGUGGCCUAG